CAUUUUCUUGUAUAAUGUUGUUUUUCAGAUUAACUGUUAAGAGUGAAUUUGUUGUUCCCUUUGACCAAAUUAUGCCAAGCAGCAUAGACAAGUCCAAGGAUAUCCUGAAAAGAAGACGGAAAAAAUCAACGCUUCAGCAGCUCGAGAUGGACAUUGAUUGGUGUGUAAUUGAAAGGAAGCAGCAAAAUUACACCAGUGAUCAAAAUGAAAAACUGGUGAAUGCUGACAGGAAUGACAAAUUAGCACAUCAUGAUGAGAAUGACAAAUUAUCACAGAGUGCAGGGAAUGACAAGUUAUCAGAUUUUGAAGGAAAUGACAAGUUAUCACAUAGUGAAAGGGAUGAAAAGUUAUCACAAAGUGAUGGAAAUAACAAUUUACCAUGUAAUGAUGAGAAUGACAAGUUACCGCGUAGUGAUGAGAAUGACAAGUUGAUACGUAGUGAUGAGAAUGACAAGUUACCGCGUAGUGAUGAGAAUGACAAGUUGAUACGUAGUGAUGAGAAUGACAAGUUACCGCGUAGUGAUGAGAAUGACAAGUUGAUACGUAGUGAUGAGAAUGACAAGUUACCGCGUAGUGAUGAGAAUGACAAGUUGAUACGUAGUGAUGAGAAUGACAAGUUGAUACGUAGUGAUGAGAAUGAUAAGUUAUCACGCAGUGAUGAGAAUGACAAGUUGACACGUAGUGAUGAGAAUGACAAGUUGACACGUAGUGAUGAGAAUGACAUGUUACCACGCAGUGAUGAGAAGGACAAGUUACCUCAUAGUGAUCAGAAUGACAAGUUGAUACGUAGUGAUGAGAAUGACAAGUUACCGCGUAGUGAUCAGAAUGACAAGUUGACACGUAGUGAUGAGAAUGACAAGUUACCACGCAGUGAUGAGAAUGACAAAUUACCUCAUAGUGAUGAGAAUGACAAGUUACCUCAUAGUGAUGAGAAUGACAAGUUGAUACGUAGUGAUGAGAAUGGCAAGUUACCACGUAGUGAUGAGAAUGACAAGUUGAUACGUAGUGAUGAGAAUGGCAAGUUACCACGUAGUGAUGAGAAUGACAAAUUAUCUCAUAGUGAUGAGAAUGACAAGUUGAUACGUAGUGAUGAGAAUGACAAGUUACCUCAUACUGAUGAGAAUGACAAGCUACCAUGCAGUGAUGAGAAUGACAAGUUACUUCAUGGUGAUGAGAAUGACAAGUUAAAUGUACCUCAUACUGAUGAGAAUGACAAGUUACCUCAUGGUGAUGAGAAUGACAAGUUACCUCAUGGUGAUGAGAAUGACAAGUUACCUCAUGGUGAUGAGAAUGACAAGUUACCACAUAGUGAUGAGAAUGACAAGUUACCUCAUGGUGAUGAGAAUGACAAGUUACCACGCAGUGAUGAGAAUGACAAGUUACCACGCAGUGAUGAGAAUGACAGGUUACCACGUAGUGAUGAGAAUGACAAGUUACCUCAUGGUGAUGAGAAUGACAAAUUACCACGCAGUGAUGAGAAUGACAAGUUACCUCAUAGUGAUGAGAAUGACAAGUUACCACGUAGUGAUGGGAGUGACAAGUUACCUCAUGGUGAUGAGAAUAACAAGUUACCACGUAGUGAUGAGAAUGACAAAUUACCUCAUAGUGAUGGGAGUGACAAGUUACCUCAUAGUGAUGAGAAUGACAAGUUACCACGUAGUGAUGAGAAUGACAGGUUACCACAUAGUGAUGAGAAUGACAAGUUACCACGCAGUGAUGAGAAUGACAAAUUACCUCAUAGUGAUGGGAGUGACAAGUUACCUCAUAGUGAUGAGAAUGACAAGUUACCACGUAGUGAUGAGAAUGACAGGUUACCACAUAGUGAUGAGAAUGACAAGUUACCAUGCAGUGAUGAGAAUGACAAGUUACCACGCAGUGAUGAGAAUGACAAGUUACCAGGUAGUGAUGAGAAUGACAUGUUGCCAAGUAGUGAUGAAAAUGACAUGUUAUUACACAGGGAUAGGAAUGAUAAGUUGUCACAUAGUGAUAGGAAUGACAAUAGUGAUGGGAGUGAUAUGUUAACUGCUAUUGAAAUGAAUGAUCAGAAUAGGAUGUUGAGAGACAGUGACUGGAUAAACAGUGAUCAGAUUGCGGACGUUAUGAAUAAGUAUAAAAGUGAUGUGGAUGUAACGUUCAGUGACAUAAGUGAUGAUGAGGAUAAUGAUAAGGAUUAUGUUCCCGACCAAAGUGACAUAAGUGAAGAUGAUGAUGAUACGGAAAAGGACCUUAACACGGAUUAUGAUUAUGAAUAUGUUUCCAAUUCAGAUUCAGAAGAUGAUACAGUACAGACAAAUGUGGACCUUGAACAAUUUCUUGAUCAGGUUGAAAAAGAAAUGGCACCAAAACCAAUGUUAGAUAAAGAGCCAUCCACCAGAAUGAUUCAAAAAGAGGAAGCCACAAGGCCUAUCCAAAGAAAAUUAAAAGAAGAUGAAAAGCUAAAAGAUUUGAAUCACAAAGAUGUUUAUGUGAAGAAAUAUAUAAAGUCAAAUGAUGGAAAAUCUGGAGGAAGAAAGAAAAGUGAUAGGCCAUAUGACACUGUCCAUUGCUGCAAAUUCUGUAACCGGCUAUUUACACACAUACAAGAUCAUCUUGAAAAUCGACAUAAAGACAAGCUGGAAGUUAAGGAAAUCCUUAACAUAAGGAAACAAAUUGAAAAGAUGACAGAUAAAGUGUAUAUUUCUUCUUCGAAGAGGAAACUAGCAAAGCUGCAGGCCCUGAUCAGGUACGAGGGUGACCAUAUGCACAAUCAAAAAGUAAAGAUCUGCCAAGAAGGGGAACUUUUGAUCCAAAGAAAGUCGUGUGUGGGGCAGGAAUUCAAGUUAGAAGAUUAUGGUCCAUGUCCAGACUGCCUAGAAUGGGUAAAGAUGGAUACAACUCUGAGAAUUCACCAGAAAAAAUGUGUCAUGGCUGCUGACCUCACAGAUAGGGAAAUGAAGAAAAAGCGCAUCCUAAUCAUGGAAGCUAAGGCCCUUGCUGGGGAUUUUUUGGGCUCAGGGUCAGAACAGUUAAAGAAGGAAGUUUUCGUUAAAAUGAGAAAUGAUGAAGUAUCGCAAUGUGCGCAAGAAGAUCCAUUAAUAUGCAAUUUAGGUGAAGUUUGGUUGGCAAAAUCCAUUGGCCAUAAGCUACGAAGAGGAAAAGACAGUUCUUACCACAUGAGGCUUGCAGCAAGAUUGCUGCUUGCAUGCAGGAAGAGAAUAGGGGAGCCAGGUAUGGAUAUGUUUCAGCUACUGGAAACAAAACACUUCGACACUGUCAUUGAAAUGACACUUUCAUUAUGCGGAACCAAUGAGCAUGGCGAAUUGGAUCACCCAAGUACGUCUGGGAAAAUUGGAUUUGACCUGGCAAGACUAGUCAGUUUAAAGUAUGGCCUGUGUUCGAGGCAGAGGGAAAAGCUCUAUGAUGACAAAGAAGAAGCAGAUGAAUUUCUUAAGUUGAUGAAAAUACAUUGGGCAACAAAAGUAACAAAACAGGCUAGCGAACUUCUUAAAGAGAGACAUUUUGUGAACAGAAGGCAGCUUCCUCAUCCGUCUGAUAUCGAAACUGUAGCCAAGAAUCUAUCCGUAAAAUUAACAACAUUUGACUACAGCGACAAGACAAAAUACAGAGAAGUGGCCAAGACAGCAUUGCUUCGACUAAUGGUAUAUAAUAGACGCAGAAGUGGAGAGAUUGAGGAAUUGCUGAUGGAAACAUUCCUUAAACGGAAAAAAAAGAUGGAUGAUGUAGAGAUGUCGCUUCUUGGAGAGUUGACUGACACUGAAAAAUACUUGAUAAAAAGUCAGGACCUUAUGUGGAUCAGAGGAAAGCGUGGCAAGCGUGUACCUGUCCUAAUUCCAUCCGAUGCAGUUCCAGCUUUGAACUACACUGUAAACCCAAAAGUGAGAAAUUUGGCAAGACUGAAGAGGACAAAUAAGUACAUGUUCGCUACAACAGGAGACGGGGUUAUUAGUGCUUCAGAAUCUAUAAAUGAAUUUGGAAGUGCUUGCGACUUGAUUCAUCCAGAUAGACUUACCUCAACAGGGUACAGGGCUUACAUGGCAACAAUAGCUCAGUGUAUAGGUCUCAAAGAUCACCAGAUCCAGUGGUUAUGCUCGCACCUUGGUCAUACACUAAAUGUCCAUCAAAUCCAUUAUCGAUUUGCUUUGGAAGGCAUAGAAAGAAUCCAAUUAGGAAAACUGUUGCUUCUACAGGAUAAGAAUCUCCUGGGCAAAUAUAGAAACACAGAUCUAAAGGACAUACUAGAAGGCACAGAUUUUGAAGAAAUUGUUGAUGAAGCAGACAAGCAGUCUGAAGCAGACAAGCAACCUGAAGCAGACAAGCAACCUUUUGAAGCAGAUAAGCCUUUCUUGAUUGGUGAUGAUAUAGAAAUGGAGAUGGAGAUUGAUGGACAAAGUUCAUUUGAUGCACCUGUUCUGGCGACUGGAAAAGAAAAGAAAAAUGCUUCAGGCACAAGGGUCAGAUGGACUGAAAAGGAAAUGGAAGAACUCCGAGAAUAUGCGGCACGGUAUUUGCAACUUAAAAAAACUCCUUCAAGAAUAGUGUGUGCGACUUUCAUCAAAAAGAGUCGUGAAUGUGGUGGACAGUUACAUAGGCGGUCAGCCGCGUUGAUUGUAAAGAAAAUAAGUAAUAUGAAUGUAAAAGCUCGUCAACAAGAUGAGAAUUGAAAGUUUCAUUUUAACUGUAAGGAUCUUAAAAUCCGACAAGUUUAUGGAAGUAGUUUCUUGAAACUAAAUACAAUUGAAGAGGACAAAAUGUGGAAGUGCAGUGUCAGUUUCAAUUAUUGAAAAGAUCUUUGGGGCAGUGCUGCCUGUUGUAUUACACAUUCUUUAUUUUAGGACGAGAGGUCUCCAGGUUUAAUACAAUGAUUUUUGUUUCAAUUAUCGAUAUGUUAUUUAAGAAAUAAUGUUAUGAUUUUUGUUUCAAUUAUCGAUAUGAUAUUUAAGAAAUAAUGUUACCGUUACCAUUUAGUGAUUAAAUGAUUCAUAUACUCUGCAAAUAGAGAGGUAGAUUUUUCAGGAUUUGUUUAUACUAUGUUUGUUCCAGACAUAAUCAGUUCUUAAAAGAGCUAUAUUCCGAUUUAACUGUAUUACCAUAUAUAUUCAGCAAUACAGCACAUGACAAUAAUGUUUUGUUUUCCUGUCAAAGACUCAAAACAAUAAUUUUGCAUUAUAUUAUUUAAUCUUAGAUUCUCAUUGAGAAUGGAAGAGAUGGCAACAUUUUAAUUUUCAUUUGUUAUUACCAGGUAUUUUUGAAACAUUUUUGGUAACAGCUUAACAGACUGAUAAUGAAACAUGGAAAUGGGUGGCAAAGGCAGGGCUAGGCGGAGAUUAUUGUCUUAACCACCAAAAAUGCUUUUUGAAAUUAAAAGGAAAUACAUAUGAACCUGUACAACAUACUUUUCAGCAUGAUCAUUUUGAAAAUAGCAACUUUGACGGCCAUAUUUGAUGAUUUUAACCGUCCUUUUUAUCAUUAAGUACAUACACACAAUAAUAUUAAAGCACAUUUGAAAAGUUUCAUGAUUUUUCCAGAAAUUUCAUGACCCUGAACCAGAUUUUUUGUAAGGAAAUUAUUUCAUGCUUCAAAAAUAAUGUAGAACACAAGAAUAGUUUCCACUUUUAUUCAGUAUAUUAUUCCAUUCUUGUAUUUUUGGCAUAAGAUGUUUUAAUGAAAAGUUAACUUUAUUAAAUUAGAAAACUUGAUAUUUCUAUUGUUAAAGUGAUGCUGAUCUGCCAAAGUUUAUGAGGAAUGUAUUUGCUAAACUGCAGACAAAGCUGUACAACGAAACACAGACACUUGGUUUAAGCUCAGUCGAGCGACUGAGGCCUAAAGAUACAUCUUGUACAUAAAUAUGCAUAUAGACCGUCCACCAACAGCAUCUCAUGCAUGAGAAACUAAUAAAACAGUAAAUGAUGCGAUCUAAUUUUUUUACUCUUUAAGCACCUUAAAUAUACAUAAGAUAAGCAGGUACAAAAUGUAAACAAAUGAUACCGAAACAUGUUCGACACACCACUACAGAACCAAAAAUACACUUGCAGACUAAUAACCGUGUUCUUUUGGAAGACCAAUGAAUACCCUUUUAAAUGACGCUAACAACUACCAAUAACUCCACUCACUUUACAAAGAAAUCAAGAUUGUUUCAACAACUGUCACUUUUUCUCCAUCCAUUUGCUUCUGAAGCUGUUCUUCACGAAUGGUUCCCAGCAUCGUAAAAGGGUACACAGCAUUAUUUUUGAGCCGGGGCCAAUACUCCAUACUGUCUUUUUAGGUUUUUCCAUAUUUAACAUAUUUUUACUGAAUCCUGAUAUUUGACCAUCAUAUAAUUUGAAACAAAGACUAAAAGUGCUUAUGUAUUUUAUGUGUUUCUUUUAUUAAAUCACCUUUAAAAUUGCCCCAGCUCAGAAAUAACGCAAUGUACCCUUUUACCAUGCUGGGAACCAUUCGUGAAGAAGAACAGCUUCAGAGGCAAAUUGAUGGAGAAACACUGACAGUUGUGUGAAACAAUCUCGAUUUCUUCGUAAAGUAAGUGGACUUAUAGGUAGAUACUGGUGUCAUUAAAAAGGGUAUUCCUUGGGCUUCCAAAAGGGAGCUUUGUUUUGGUUCUACAGUAGCAUGUCGAACUUGUAUUGGUAUUGUUUGCUUACAUUUCGUACCUGGUCAUCUUGUGUAUACUAGGUGCAUAGAGAGAAAAAAAUGGGAUGGCAUCAUUUACUGUUUAUCUUAGUUCCUGAUGCGUGCGAUGCUGCAUAUUUAUGUGCAAGAUGUAUCUGUAGGCCCGGUCGCUCGACUGAGCUUAAACCAAGUGUCUGUGCUACGAAAUUAUGACUAUGAUGUUUUUCAACUUUGUUUAACUUUAGUUCCUAGUUAUUGUGAGUGAUGUUUUUAUUGUUCAAAUUUUUGCUGUUCAAGUUUGUCAAAUUAAAAUUGAAUUUCAAAUUAAAUAUGCCAAUAGGCUACAUUAUGAGAAAAGAGAAAGAGCAAGUAACUCUAUAAAAAAUUAGUUGAAUGAUUUCCAUUCUUAAACUCUGUUUUAACAGUUAAUUAUAACUAUCAGAAUAUUUACUUGAAAGUCGACAUAAUUGUUUAAUAGUGAUGACCUCAUCUCAGUAGACAAAAGGAGGUAUUUCUAAGUUAAGAUUUUCGUGCUAGUCCACUUUAUUCCUAAACCAUGUUUGAUUUUCAAAUAAAUGUUUACUGAUA